GGAAGACCACAUCCAGUGUCAUUGUACAGUACAGUAAAUGGCUGUUGUACAGUACAACCAUUAAUAGAUUUAACUAUGUGUAUCAUGAAACAUUAGACAUUUAACUGGAAAGCACUGUAUUAAAAUGAGUGUGGACUCACUAUACUAUUCUACGGGAUACAGUACAGAUUUUUACGGUAAAGAAAGAGGGGAGGGGGAGGAGAGAAGGAGGAUAUGGGGGAAGACAUCACUGCCUCAACAACCACCACCAUCGCCAAAGGAAACACUGUAAUCUCAAGGAACAUCUCGCCGAAUUCCUCAGGAAUUUUCCACGAAGUGAACCUGUAAGCUAGCAUAGGCUACAUUCAAACGCCGAUCGUUGUGUCUGGAUUAUCCGACAUCUUUCCUUUAUUUUAUUUUUUUUUAUUAUUAUUCUUAUUAUUUUGAAAGCGACCAAACGCUGCAACACUAUAUCCAGCCUGUUCUACAUUUCGACUCGUAUUUUUUUAUUUUUUUUAUUCAUAUUUACAAAGCCUUUUUUAAAUGUUACCUAGGCCUAUUUGAUAUUUUGCCCAUUAUUGUUAAAAAUAAAUAAAUAAACAAAUAAAUACUCAACUGGCUAAUGACAAAAAUGCAGUGGAAUGAGUAAAGGCUUUAGGGCGGUGAGAAACGAUUGCAGCGGACAUCGUGAUCCCUGAUAAUACUGAAGAGAAGAGAUGCUCCACGGGGAUUAUUUUAAACCUCUGCGUUAACGUCACAUUCCUGCCUGAAGACCACAACAGGAGCCAGCGUGAUUGUGUUUCAAGAAUUCCUAUGUCGCAAAUUACAACUGAAUGCACUAAGGAGAGAGGCGAGGAAACUGACAUGAAUGAGGAAUGCUGAGAUCCAUUUGAAGUGGCUGACAUCUAAUGUGCCUCAUAAGACUUACAACAUAACAAAUGCAGAUACUUUGUGCUAUAACCGCUGUAAUAUCAAAUAAUUAUUUUCUGUGAAAUUUUGUAUGGUCAUUUACAAGAUGGGGAGCGACAGUGACAUAUUGAACCGAGAGCUGUCAAAGAUGUCUGAUGAAGACUUGCUGGCUUGUUCUAAGGAAGAACUGGUGAAUCGGUUACGCAAAGAAGAAUCGGAAAAGAUGUCGGCUCUCAUACAGCGCGGGCGGUUAAUCAAGGAGGUCAACAAACAACUGCAGGGACAUCUCCUUGAAAUCAGGGAACUCAAAGUCAUCAACCAGCGUCUUCAACAGGAGAACCAAGAGCUCAGAGAUCUAUGCUGCUUCCUGGACGACGACCGUCUGAAAGUGAAGAAGCUCGCGCGAGAGUGGCAACUGUUUGGCCAUCACUCGGCCAAAGUGAUGCGUGAGGACCUCGGCGGAUACCUCAAAAAGCUCUCCGAUCUGGAGCGGAUGCAAGACGGGCUGGUGAAGGAGAAUCUGAAUCUUAAGGAACUUUGUUUGGUGCUCGAAGAAGAGUGCGUGAGCAGAAGUGAUUCCAGCCCGGGUGGCUCCACGGAUCUCAACAUACCAUGCAUGGUGGCCCGGGACCUGGGCGAUGGGAGCUCGAGCACUGGAAGUGUGGGCAGUCCAGAUCAACUGCACUUGGUGUGUUCACCAGAUGACUGAGGGACAGGAGCAGAGCCAUAUCACUUUAACCUUCUCUCUACAUGCUGAAAGAUAUUAAUGUCUGCACACUCAGAGGGACAAUGUAGUUUAGAUUUUCUUGAUAAUGACAUCGAAGUAGACUAAUUACUCAUGGUCUUUUGAUGCCAUAAGUACACUUUUCUCUACAUUUCAUCGGUUAACCUUUUAUAGUUGGUGGGUCUUUUAAACUUGAGUGAAAAUAUUUUUCAGAUGGAGUGGCAGGCAGAAUAUACUUAGUUUUAAGCUUUAAAGUAAAACCCUUUCCUUUCAAAAUCAGUCCAAUUUUAUUAUAUUAGUAAAAUUAUUUGAAUGUAUGUUUUUCUUAAGUGUUGCUGGAAUGUUUCCACUAAUCUCUUACUACAGGGGAAGUAGAGUUAAUUGUAGGUUUAGUUUUGGGGUUGACAUUUUAAUCAACUUUGGGAGAAACUAACCAUACUACUAACGUUUACCAGGUUUUACUGUGCACUGAUCUGAUGUUUCUCCUAUGAUGCACUACGACAGGGCUGAAAUUAAUCUUGAAUCUUUGAAGAUUCACAUUUUAAAACAGAUUAGAGCCAUAUACUAUGUAGUGAUCUUUUUGUGAUCAUAUACUGUACAAAAAAAGCACUGAAUCAUUUUCAACAAUGUUAGAGGAGGAAAUGGUAUUAUCUUAGGAUUGUGCAAAGUGAAGCCUCCAGUGUAAGGAGAUUAGAUUGAUUUUGUUUUUGUGUGACAUAAUAUGGCUGCAUUUUGGAGGCCCAACAAUAAUUCACUGGAAAUGCACAUGUUAUUAUGACACGUUGUUGCAGUAUUAUUUUAUUUCGUUUUUCUGAGCCAGACGUUAUAAUUCACUAGAAGCACAUGUGAUGCGUGCUGCACUAAACAAUGUUUUUGUGCUUUGUACUGAAUCCAAAAUGAACUUCUUUUACAUUAACCCCACUUUCAUGAUAACCACACAGUUGUAUUAUACCAAGCUUUUUGUGUUCAGUUGUUGCUUUGACAAGACUUUGACUCAUGCUGAAUUGAAAAACUAAUAUUUUAGGGGAAAGCACUGACAUAUAGUUUUCAAAUAUUGUGAUAGAUAUUGUUAUUAUAGUCCUUUUGGUUGGAUUUAUUGUAUUUGCUGCAUAGACCCUCCUAAGUAGGAUUGUUCAGUUAUAAAAAAAAUCUUGACCAGUAUUAUUUAAAUGAAUGCAGUUUGAUAGCUACAAAACUCAGUUCUUUGAUUUAUUAGCAUUUGCUUUUUUUCUUAUUGUUUUCAGGCUAUGCUCAUUGUGAAUGGGGUAGCUUUAAAUACACUUGAUUGAGACACCAAGUUCUGUUCUG